UUACAUUCUGUGAAGUAUAGCACUACAGUAUACAUUGCACGUCCUCUUGGUCUCGGCAUCAUGGAGCAACUUCUGAAUAUGGUGCUAUUUCUGGCUUCUACAGUGUCAUCUCAGACUGGUUCGCGCAUCAUCGGAGGAUCUGAAUGUGUGGCGCAUUCUCAGCCCUGGCUAAUCUUCCUUUCUAAUUCUGAAAAAAACCGGUGUGGAGGAGCUUUGAUCAACGAGCAUUGGGUGAUUACAGCUGGGCAUUGUCAAGGAAGCAAUCUCACCAUCCUUAUCGGGAAGCACGACCUACAAAAGCAUGAGGAGGGAGAACAUGUUUCCAAUGUAACCAAGGCCAUCGUGCACCCCGAGUUUGAAAAAAUGACCCUGAAAAAUGACCUCAUGCUUCUGCGGAUGUACCAGCCUGCCCAGCUGGGGGACACAGUUAAGGUCAUCCCUGUGCCUAAAGAAUGUGCACCCGUUGGAACCAUGUGUGUGGUGUCUGGCUGGGGCACCACAAGUUUCCCUGAUGUAAAUUACACCAAUACCCUGCAAUGUGCGAAGAUCAGCGUCUUGAGGAAAGAACUCUGCCAAUCUGCAUAUGGAAACUACUUUACAGAAAAACAGAUCUGUGCAGGAGCACUGGAAGGGGGCAUAGAUUCAUGCCGGGGUGAUUCUGGAAGCCCCCUGGUUUGCAAUGGGCUCCUGCAUGGUUUAGUGUCAUGGGGACCUCAGACAUGUGGAGCCAAGAACAGUCCUGCCAUUUACACAGAGAUCUGCAAAUAUAGAGACUGGAUCGAAGAGACCAUAGCUACACGUUGACUCACAAGUACGCAUGACUUCAAGGCAGAUGUCCCAUAAUAAAUGAA